GUGUCCAUGCAUACGGAGGGUCGAUUGUACUGCCUGAAAGGCUGCCCUGGAAGCCGCACGUAGAGUGGAUUGUGGAGGAGCAAGAAUGGAAGCAGGGAGGUCGUUCAGAGCAUCCAGGUGACAGGUGUGAGGCCAAGGGAGGAAACCCAGACGACCGCGGUCCGUGCACAUACUUAGUUUGCACGAAAACAAACUUUGGAAGAAAAGUGUUGAAGUUACCGGGAAUCCAUUUUCCUGGGGUAGCUCGAAUAUUUGCAAAGCUGACGCGUUCUCGCUCAGUUGUGACCGCGCGGGGGCACUCGAGGAGCCUCCGGGGGGGCGGGCCUUCCUGCCGCGCCGGAAGUGCUCUCUCGCCUCUCCCCUCCACGCCGUGCCGCGCGAAGAUGGCGCUGGAAGCCGGAGACAUGGAAGAUGGACAGCUUUCCGACUCGGAUUCCGACAUGACGGUCGCGCCCAGCGACAGGCCGCUGCAGGUGCCGAAAGUGCUAAGUGGGGAUAGUGCUGUGAGGACCUUUCAGAGUACCGCAACAGCGUGUGCACCAGUGUCCCAUUAUCGGACUGUUAAAAGUGUGGAUUCAAGUGAAGAGAGUUUUUCUGAGUCAGAUGAUGAUAGCUCUCUUUGGAAACGCAAGCGACAGAAAUGUUUCAACCCUCCUCCUAAACCAGAGCCUUUUCAGUUUGACCAGAGCAGUGAGAAACCUCCUGUUGCUGGUGGAAAGAAGGUUAACAACAUAUGGGGUGCUGUGCUUCAGGAACAGAAUCAAGAUGCAGUGGCCACUGAACUUGGUAUCUUGGGGAUGGAGGGCACUAUCGACAGAAGCAGAGAAUCCGAGACCUACAAUUAUUUGCUCGCUAAGAAACUUAAGAGGGAAUCUCAAGAGCAUACGAAAGAAUUAGACAAGGAACUAGGUGUAUAUAUGCAUGGUGACAAAAAAAUAGGAUCAAAGGAAGAGGAAAAUGGGCAAGGUCAUCUCAAAAGGAAACGACCUGUCAAAGACAGACUAGGGUCCAGAGUGGAAAUGAACUAUACAGGCCGCUAUGAGAUCACAGAGGAAGAUUCUCAAGAGAAAGUAGCUGAUGAAAUUUCUUUCAGGUUACAGGAACCAAAGAAAGAUCUGAUAGCCCGAGUAGUGAGGAUUAUUGGGAACAAAAAGGCAAUCGAACUUCUGAUGGAAACUGCUGAAGUUGAACAAAAUGGUGGUCUCUUUAUAAUGAAUGGUAGUCGAAGAAGAACACCAGGUGGAGUUUUUCUGAAUCUCCUGAAAAACACUCCUAGUAUCAGCGAGGAACAAGUUAAGGACAUUUUCUACAUUGAAAAUCAAAAGGAAUAUGAAAAUAAAAAAGCUGCUAGAAAGCGGAGAACACAAGUGUUGGGGAAAAAGAUGAAACAAGCUAUUAAAAGUCUAAAUUUUCAAGAAGAUGAUGAUACAUCACGAGAAACUUUUGCAAGUGACACAAAUGAGGCCCUGGCCUCUCUUGAUGAGUCACAGGAAGGACACGGAGAGGCCAAGUUGGAUGCAGAGGAAGCCAUUGAAGUUGAUCAUUCUCAUGAUGUGGACAUCUUUUAAGUAUAUUUUGGACAUUUUGAGGAAUAAACCUUUCUAAAAUAACAUUGUAAUAAAACAUUUCUACUGAGAUUGCUACAUUUUAGUUUGCACUGAUAAACCUGAGAAUCUGGA